GAGGCGGCGCUGAAAUUCAAAUCCCCGGAGCGGUUGGGGUGGAGGAUUUUGCGAUUCCCGGGGCGACGUGAGGGAGCGGCCGGAGUAGCAGCGAUGGAUCCGUUCACUGAGAAACUACUUGAACGAACCCGUGCCAGGAGGGAGAACCUGCAGAAGAAAAUGGCUGAGCGGCCGACCAUGGGAGCGAGACUUGCAGCGCAGACCAAGAGGGUCAGAGAGCCUUUGUUAGAGACUGGUAACCAGGCAUCUCUUCCUAAUGAAGAAGUGAAACCUAGUACUAAACCAUCACCAUCAAAGAGACGCUGCUCCAAUAAUGUAGAGACCCAAGCUUCCACUAUAGAGAACACACAGCCUGUUCCUUCAAGUUCCCCAAGCCACCGUUCUCCUGCGAUGAACUCGGAAUUGCAUGGAACUGUGUGUAACAAGACUUCACCGGCUCAACCUCUUGAGAAAGGAAAAACAAGCACCAAGUCAGAAACUCCUGCAACCCUUUCAGUCAAAACACGUAUGCAGAAACUGGCAGAACAGCGACGCUGCUGGGAUAGUGAGGAUCCCUCUGAAUGUGCUCGUCUGUCUCCCCUCCAGUCAAAGGACCUGUCUGUUUCUCCACCUAAGCGGGCAACUAAUGAUCUGGCAAGUGGUACCCCUAUUGGGAGAAGGGGCCGUUUAGCUAACCUUGCAGCUACAAUUGGCUCCUGGGAAGAUGACCUAAGUCAUCCAUCUGCAAAGCAAAACAAUGCACAAGAACAGCCUGGCACUACUUGUUUAUCCAAAUUGUCCACUACAAGUGGAGCAUCUGCUAGAAUCAAUAGUAGCAGUGUAAAGCAGGAAGCUGCAUCCUGUUCUCAAAGGCUUGUUGAGGCUUCUAUUAAUAAACCAGCAAACUCAAAGAUAGCGGAUCCAAAUAAUUUUAUAACACAGUCCUCAAGCAGUACUGUUCCUGCUUGUAAGGAAUCUAAAGUACCACAACAGCUAACAGAGAAUCCCUGCAGCCCUCAGAAGACUGAGAAACGCACACAGACGGUACAAUCAACUUUGCCUCAGUCGGUUCAGUCCAAAGAAGAGACAGUCAAAGGAACACAUGUGCAACCUGAACCUAAGGAUAAACCCACAACACCAGGGGGAUCGGGAAUUAAGCCCUUCCUGGAACGUUUUGGAGAGCGCUGUCAAGAGAACGGUGCACGAAGUCCUUCUACGAAUACUGCGGGGUACAGAACACCCAUCGUCACCCCAAAUACAAGGACAAUCCAGGAAAAGCUUCUCAAACAAAAUGAAAAUUCCUCUACUGCCACUUUAGCGCUUCAGCUUAAGCAGGAACGUGAACGAGAACUUGCAUGCAUUCGUGGCCGAUUUGAUAGGGGCAAUCUGUGGAGUGCAGAGAGAAGUGAAAGUUCUAAGAGAAAACUUCCAGAAGCUAAAAUGGAUGGUCCAUCUCAGGGUAGUCCAAAACGUUCUCCUCGCUCAGAUACUACUACUUCUGGAUCAGCAGAAGACACAUCAGCAGGUGACAGGCCAGUAGAAUCUUCCAGUGUAGAAUCUUCAGGUGCUCCUAAAUGUGAAGAGACUGAUAAAUCCAGUUCUGUGACAGUCACUCAGUCGAAGAGCCCUGUAGAAGCGAUGCCUGUGUCAAAACUUGAACAACUUGCUGAGAAACCAGAUGAUGAAGAACGUGAAGUUGAAAUGAAGGCUGGUGAUGAAAUGAAUAGCUCAAAAGUGAUAAAUGAAAUUUUUGAAAUUCUUCAAGAGGAUGGUCCAGACAUAGAAAAGCUGAAGAAGGAAAUGAGCAUGAGCCUGGAGGGUGAAAGUGAUGAUGAUGAUGAGCAGGAAGAGUCACUAAAUAUUUCAUCAAUGUCUCUGUUAACCCCUGUAGUGGAAUCUGUUGGUCCAGAGGUCUUUGUUUCUCCUAGUAAGUCAGUUGGUGAGGAUAGCAGUGUCAGUGAUGUAAGUCAAAAGUCUGAGAAGUUCCAGAGGACUAAAGUUCCCAGGGCGGAAUCUGGAGACAGUAUGAGCUCUUUGUCAGAAGAUCGCAGCCUCCCAUAUAGUGUUGAUGCAUACAGAUCUCAAAGAUUUAAAGAAACAGAUCGUCCUUCAAUAAAGCAAGUCAUUGUUCGCAAAGAAGAUGUUGCUUCCAAACUGGAAAUGAAAAAGAAUGGUCCAUGCGAUCAAGUCAAUAUCAAAAAGAAAAUGCAGGAGCUGAAUAAUGAGAUCAACAUGCAGCAGACAGUGAUUUACCAAGCCAGCCAAGCUCUGAACUGCUGUUUUGAUGAGGAACACGGAAAAGGGUCACAAGAGGAAGCAGAAGCAGAGAGACUACUUCUCCUUGCAACUGAGAAGAGAACUGCUUUAUUGGAAGAAUUAAAUAAACUGAAGAUUGAGGGACCUCUCAUUAAAAGAAAUAAAGCUGCAUCAACGUCUUCUGACUUUACUCCAUCCAGGGGAUCUGUUUCUAUUUCAGAAAUGCGUCUACCUCUAAAAGCAGACUUUGUUUGUGGUACAGUUCAAAAACCAGAAGCAGCAAACUACUACUAUGUGAUAAUACUGAGAUCUGGAGCAGAAAACAUGGUUGCAACUCCCUUAGCAAGUACUGCCAGUUCCCUGAAUGGAGAUGCUCUUACUUUUACUACAACGUUUACUAUGCAUGAUGUAUCAAAUGACUUUGAAAUAAAUAUAGAAGUCUACAGUUUGGUGCAGAGAAAAGAAGCUCCAAGCACCGAUAAAAAGAAAAAAGCAAAUAAAUCUAAGGUUAUCACUCCAAAGAGAUUACUGACAUCUAUUACCUCUAAAAGCACCCUUCUUACUCCAGCCAUGGCCAGUCCAGGUGGCCCUAAUGCUGUACGCACUACUAAUUUCAUCCUUGUUGGAUCCCACAAGCUAUCGUUGUCUUCUGUAGGACAUGCCAAAUUUGCAUUGGACAAGGUUCCCGUUUUGUCUCCUUUGGAAGGUCAUAUAUAUCUAAAGUUAAAAUGCCAAGUGGACUCUUCUGUGGAGGAAAAAGGAUUCUUGACUAUGUUUGAAGACGUUAGUGGAUUUGGAGCAUGGCACAGGCGCUGGUGUGUGCUUUCUGGAAACUGUAUAUCUUACUGGACAUACCCAGAUGAUGAAAAACGGAAGCAUCCUUUGGGCCGGAUAAACUUGGCUAACUGCACUAAUCGUCAGAUUGAAGCUGUCAACAGGGAGUUCUGUGCCCGUCCCAACACUUUUGAACUAAUAACUGUCCGUCCUCAGAGGGAAGAUGAUAAAGAGACUCUUGUCAGCCAAUGCAGAGACACGCUCUGUGUUACAAAGAAUUGGCUAUCUGCUGAUACUAAGGAAGAACGUAACCUCUGGAUGCAAAAGCUAAAUCAAGUUCUUGUUGAUCUUCGUAUGUGGCAACCUGAUGCUUGCUACAAACCAAUUGGAAAGCUUUAACCACAGGAAGGAGAACAUGAAGAAAAUACCUAUGCAAAAGGCCAUGUGAACUAAAAAGGAAAAAAAAUUAAAUAAAAAUCUAUGGAAAGUCAUCUGGAUCACUAAGCUUUAAAUUUGAGAGAGUACAUACCUUUAUAUAGGGCUGUUAUGCAGUAUUUUUGUCUCACUUUAAGGAUUUUAAAACUCAUUUCAUAGCUUUUGAGUAUAGUAGGAAGCAAUUAGCUGUUUCUAAAUGUGCUAAAUAUUUAUAUAACUUUUUGGAUGUGUUUUUAGCUAAGUACUUUCUCUUCUUGAAAAACUAAAUUAUUGCAGGAAAUCGCACUUCAGGGCUCAGGGCCGGGGGGGAGCUAGUGAAAACACAAGCUUACUAGCUAACUCAGCUCCCUGAAUGAGUAGUUCAGAGUUCUCUGAGAAGAAAGGUGCUGAAGCAGGAACUUUGACUUUGGAGGGUUUUUUCAUAAUGAUCAGGCAUAGAAGUUAAAUUUUAUUCUAAAGCAUGCAAUAUAGGCGUUUCUUGCUUGCACAGUAUCCUUGUGGUCAGAACAGGAGAUAUUCACAAUACUCAUGCUUCUUCUGUUUUAAAUAUUUUUGUUGUUUCUUGUACAAGCUGGUAUGGAUAAGUGUAUGACAUGUAUACUAUGUCGUUUACAGGUGUGGAAUUAUGUAUGCAGUAUAUUGCACUUUGAUAGAAAUGAAAGGUCUUGAAUAUUUUUGGUAGGACUGCUAUCUUAAAAAUAAUUUUUAGCUUUAGGGUUGUGUAUGUUAGUAUUUCCUGGACCUCACAGUUCGUACAAGCUUGAAUUCUACUCCAUUUGAGGGCCAGGAAUAGGUUGUAAAAUAGCUUUUUUCUGUAAGACUAUAAAGCUGCUAUCUACCAACUAAUACUCUGGCAGAAAGUAUGGGUUUUCCUCCUGCCAUAAAUGUCUGUAAUUGCAUAUAAAAACAGUACUACAGACCCACCAUAAACUGCCAAAACUACUCAGUUAAAAUCUGCCAUUUUCAUAGCUUUUCACUGUUCUUAGUGAAAUACUAUCUCAUUACCCCACUAUUACAAAUGCAAUAGUGGAAUCCUUGUUUAGCUGUUGUAUUUUCACACUUGAAACACUAAAUUCUGUUAUCUCAAACUGCCACUUUUGUACUUUUGCUUUUAAAUCUACUUUUCUUUUUUCCAAUGUCUUUAAAUAUUUCCAAAUUA